ACUACAUACUUUUUCUUUCUAUAUGCAGUGUGAAAAUUUGUUUAAAUAAAGUAAUAAUUGCAAGAAAUAAUAGAAACUAACUCACAAUGGAGGUUGCUACUGAUGUGAGCAGAAAUAUAAGUGCAAAACCUAUAGAAAUUGUUAAUAUUGAGGUAAUUGCCGAGGCCGAAAAUGACGCUGCAGUAAAGUCUGCACCGACAGUUAACAACGCCAUUAAUGGUAACGCAAAUGAAAAUUUGCCAGAUACAGCCGCAGCUGAAGUAGCCACUAAUAAAGAAUCUUGGGCACCUGCCCAAAAUGCUGUGCCGUUUGCUGGCCAUGGCGGUGGACCUCCUGGAUCAUUUAGAGGUCGGGGUGGUCUUAUAAUGCAUUUUAACCGUGGUGGAGGUAGAGGAGGGGCUACAAAUUUUGGCACUCGUCCUUUUGAAGCAAACUCACAAAAUAAUUCUGCACAUACGGGUGGCGCACCACCGCCUGGUGGGCCCCAAUUAGAAUUAUGGGUAGAGACAAAAACGGAAGACGGAAAAUCGUACUAUUAUCACGCAUUAACCAGAGAAACUACUUGGACAAAACCGGAGGGACCAAACAUUAAGGUUAUGACACAAGCGGAAAUUGAAGAAAUGAAUAAAAAACAACAACAAAUGCAGCAACAUCAACAACAACCGGUGCAGGGAAGUCAACCUACCGCAGGUGGGGUCAACAUAGUCAAUGGUAGUACCGAAGAAGCAGGCAAGGACAAGCCAGAUGGUGCAGCUGCUAUUCCUGAAAAAACAAUUACCUCCCAGCCUCCUCCAGGAAUGAUGUCUCAACCACCUCCCGGUCAACAAUCAUUAUCCCAACCACCACCCAAUUUGGCACCUACUGGUAUGCCGCCAGGACAACAACACCAGCAUCCACCAGGAUUACAUCAACAGCCGCCACCAUUCUUUGGCCCUGGUAUGCAUCCACCAAAUUUUAAUCAACCUCCUUUUGGUAUGCCUCCUCCAGGGUAUGGUGGCGGUUUCCCAGGUGCUCCCGGUGGUCCAGCUGCUGGGCCAUGGGCGGCUAUGCAUUGGAAUCAGCACAUGCAUCCACCGGCUGCUGCUCAAGAAAAGCCGGCUAAAAACCUCAUAAUUAAACCGGGCGUUAUUGAUCCUGCUGUUAUUGCACGAGCUGCUGAAUGGUCUGAACACAGAGCUCCAGAUGGUCGUCCGUAUUAUUAUCAUGCCGCUAGAGGCGAAAGUGUUUGGGAAAAACCUCAAGCAUUGCGCGAUAUGGAAGCUGCGCGAAUGGCCGCUCAUGGAGCUACACCGCAACCAACAGCUGCAGCACCUCCCACGCCAGGUUUAGUGUCGGGAAUACCACCUCACAUGAUGGCCAAUCCACUAAUGCACAUGCAGACACCAAAUCCCGCCUUCUCCGCUGAUCCUGCCAUAGCUUAUGCCCAAGCAGCUGCAGCAGCAGCUGCCGCCGCUGGUAUUAAACCUAUGAACGAUUUGUCCAAAACAUCAGCAAUGGAAAAAGAAGCCAAGAAAAUCGCCGACGAAAAGCGCAAAAAAGACGAUGAACAUAAGAAAGCAACCACUGCUGCAACUAAACCGAUAGACAAAUCAAGGCCCAUCUCUAGUACACCAAUACCUGGGACACCUUGGUGCGUUGUCUGGACCGGUGAUGCACGCGUUUUCUUCUACAAUCCCUCUACACGCACUUCCGUUUGGGAGCGCCCAGAAGAAUUACUUGAACGCGAAGAAGUCGACAAAGCUAUAAACAAUCCACCGGAACAACUUAAAGGAGUAAUGGCUUCUAAAGCAGACAAGGUGGAAAGUGAAAGAGAAAAGCCGGCUCCUGUUUCAAAUCAACCGAAACCAGAAAGUGAUGAUGACAUGCAAGAGGAUGACGACGAUGACGGGGUUAUUAAAAUAAGAACAGAAUCCGAAUCAGAUGUUGAAGAAGUUCCCGCUAAGAAAACACGUUUGACCAAAUCCAAAAAGGCAGAUGCCAGUGAAGCUGCUAUUGAGGCUGAGGUAAGAGCCGCUAAAGAACGUGCCUUAGUGCCACUGGAAACCCGUGUUAAACAGUUUAAAGAAAUGUUACGUGAAAAAGAUGUGUCUGCUUUUAGCACAUGGGAAAAAGAACUACAUAAAAUUGUAUUCGAUCCCCGUUAUCUAUUGCUGACAUCUAAGGAGCGCAAACAAGUAUUUGAAAAAUACGUCAAGGAUCGGGCCGAGGAGGAGCGCAAGGAAAAACGAAACAAAAUGAGGCAAAAACGAGAUGAUUUUCGCAAACUUUUGGAGGAUGCCAAGCUGCAUGGAAAAUCGUCGUUUAGUGAUUUUUGUCAACGUUUUGGUAAAGAUGAACGUUACAAGGCAAUUGAAAAGGUUCGCGAACGAGAAUCGCUCUUCAAUGAAUACCUCUUGGAUGUAAGGCGACGAGAGAAAGAAGAAAAGCAACAAAAGAAAGAACAGAUACGCAAAGAUUUUAUAGAAAUGUUGCGUGAACGCGGAGAUUCAUUGGAUCGUCAUUGUCGCUGGCAUGACGUCAAGAAGAAGUUUGAGUCGGAUUCACGUUAUCGUGCUGUAGAGAAUUCCAUGUACCGGGAGGAUUACUUCCAUGAUUAUAUGCGUCUGCAGAAGGAUGAGAAGAGGCGUAAGGAGAGAGAUCGUAAAAAAGAUAGGGAGCGUGAAGAGAUGGAAAGGAAAUCGGAGCGUAAAAAUGAUCGUCGUGAUAAAGAUCGGCGAGAUCGCAGCCGUAGUCGUGACAAGGAUCGUUCGGAUAGAGAUGGCAAGGAUAAGGAUAACAAAGAGAAGGAUAAGGACAGGAGAGACAGAGAUAGAGAUAAGGACAAGGACAAGAGCAGCAAAGAUAAAGACGAUAAAAAGAAAAUAGAUGAUGAUUACGAAGAAGGAGAACAGCCUACCGAGGAAGAGCAUUCGGCCAGCGAACAGGAACAAGAAGCUGAACGUCUACAAAAAGAACGCGAGCGCCAGUUGAGAGCCGAACAGAGCAUACGCGAGCGAGAGAAAGAAGUGCACCGGACAUUGGCUGGACAUUUGCGUGAUCGUGAUAAGGAACGUGAACUACACAAGCGUGAAGAGGCAGUAGGUCAUUUCAAUGCCUUACUUACUGAUUUAGUACGUAAUGCCGAUCUCACCUGGAAGGAAGUCAAGCGUCAAUUGCGUAAAGAUCAUCGUUGGGAAUUGGUUGAAUAUCUUGAUCGCGAUGAACGUGAAAGAAUAUUCAACGAACAUAUCGAUAAUUUAAUGAAGAAAAAGCGUGAAAAAUUCCGUGAAAUGUUAGAUGAGAUCACCACAUUGGAAUUGACUAGUUCUUGGAAAGACAUUAAGAAACUCAUCAAAGAGGACCCACGUUAUUUGAAAUAUAAUAAUUCGGAAAAAUGUGAACGUGAGUUUAGGGAUUAUAUAGUAGACAAAACUUUGGCCGCCAAAGGUGCCCUCAAGGAAUUGCUUAAAGAAUGUAAACUUAUAACACACAAAAGUCAUGAACUAGUCAAAGAAAAUCCAAAUCAUCUAAAAGAGAUACAGGAUAUUUUAAAAAUGGACAAAAGAUAUUUAAUAAUAGAACAUUUAGCUGAAGAACGUACCGCUAUUGUCGUCAACUAUUUAGAGGAAUUACACAAACGUGGACCACCCCCACCACCUACGGCCUCAGAUGCUACACGCCGCACCAAAUAAAAAGCGUUAGCAAAUGUGUAAUAAAUAAAAACGCAAUAGUUAUCCUUUUAUAUCUAUUUACAUUUUCUCAGUCACCUCUAUGCAUAGCUUGCAAUGUAUUUUUUAUCGUCUUUAAAAAAUCAUACCAAAAUUAAGAAUAAAUUAUUAUUGUGACAAUGAUAAUGCUAGGGCAUAAAUAAUUAACUUUGUUUUUAUUUCUGGCUAAAUUUAUAGAUAUAAUGGAUUUAUAAAUAAUAUUUUUUUUUAAACAGUAUGGAAAUUUAUAUCUAAUUAACUAUAAUACAUAUAUAACAUAAAUAAAAUAACAUUUCACAAAUGUUUUGAUUUAAAUAAAAUUUUAAAUAAACUAAUUUUAAAAAUUUGGUAACUUUUAAGAAA